AUGGAUUCCCUGGUGGAUGGGAACCACACAGCAGUGCGAAGCUUCAUUUUACUGGGCUUAACAGAUGACCCAAUCCUUCGAGUCAUCCUCUUCAUGAUCGCCCUCUGUAUCUACGUGGUGACCAUAGCUGGCAACCUCAGCACCAUCAUUCUGAUCAGAGUCUCUUCUCAGCUCCAUCAUCCUAUGUAUUUUUUUCUGAGCCACUUGGCUUCUGCAGACAUAGGCCUUUCAACUUCUGUCACACCCAAUAUGCUUGGAAACUUCCUGGUGGAGAGAAAUACAAUCUCUUACCUUGGAUGUGCCAUCCAGCUUGGUUCGGCAGGGUUUUUUGGGGCAGUGGAGUGCUUCCUUCUGGCUGUCAUGGCAUAUGAUCGCCUUGUGGCAAUCCGCAACCCACUGCUUUAUUCGGCCGAAAUGUCCACACAAGUCUGUGUCCAGUUGCUCGUACUGGCUUACAUGGGUGGUUUCCUCAACGCUUGCUCUUUUACUAUUUGCUUCUACUUUAUAUUCUUCUGUGGGCCAAAUCGAGUCAAUCAUUUUUUCUGUGAUUUUGCCCCUCUACUUGAACUCUCCUGUUCUGAUAUCAGUAUCCCUGCAGUUGUCCCCUCGUUCACAGCCGGUUCUGUCAUUGUGUUCACAGUGUUAGUCAUAGGUGUCUCCUACAUCUACAUCCUCACCACCAUCCUGAAGAUGCCUUCCAACGAGGGGCGCCGUAAAGCCUUCUCCACCUGCUCAGCGCACCUGACAGCAGUCACCCUGUUCUGUGGGACCGUCACGUUCAUAUAUGUGAUGCCCAAGUCCAGCUUCUCAACUGACCAGAACAAGGUGGUGUCUGUGUUCUACACAGUGGUGAUUCCCAUGCUGAACCCCAUCAUCUACAGCCUCCGGAACAAUGAGAUUAAGGGGGCUCUGAAGAGAGUGCUUCGCCAAAGACUAUUUUAUUAG